AUGCAUUUCACUAUGGAUUUCGCAAAACACAUAGCCACAAAACCUCCCUUAAUCUUCACACGUCCUUUAACCUGGAUCACUUCCACUAUCCCCCGCUAUCACCGCCGCCACUUCCCUCCACCACCACCACCGCCGCCGCCACAUUCCAACAACACUUCACUAACUUCCCUACCUUCUAUCCUCUCCCACAAAGUUCUAGAUUCUUCCAAAUGCAAAUCGAUUUUACCUCAUUUAACCUCUCACGAAUUCGACCGCUUAUUCUUCAUCCACCAUUCCACUUUUAACCUCAAAACCACACUCGAUUUCUUCCGUUUCGCUUCUAAUCAAUUCAAGUUCCGCUUCACGGUUCGUUCCUAUUGCCUCUUAAUUCGUUUGCUUCUCGCUUCGAGUUUUUUGCCACGCGCUAGAUUUAUGUUGAAACGUUUAAUCGAUGGAAACGUUUACACUCCGUUAGGUAGCAUUAACGAUAGGCUUAGCGAAAUUGCUUCAUCGUUUCUUGAACUGAAUCGGUUAGCAGAAGGAAGUUGCGGUGAAUUGGAUUUGUUGCUUCAUAUUUUAUGCUCACAAUUUCAGCAUUUAGGUUUUCAUUGGGCUUUUGAUAUCUUCACAUUGUUUACAAGCAAUGGUGUUUUUCCUUCGCUUAAAACCUGUAAUUUUCUGUUGAGUUCUUUGGUGAAAUCAAAUGAACUUCACAAGAGUUAUAGAGUUUUUGACGCGGUUUGUCGUAGUGGUGUUACUCUUGAUGUUUACACGUACACGACUGCGAUUAAUGCGUUUAGUAAGGGUGGAAAGAUUGAUGAUGCUGUUGGUUUGUUCUUCAAAAUGGAGGAGCAAGGUGUUUUGCCUAAUGUGGUUACUUACAAUAAUUUGAUUGACGGGUUAUGUAAGAGUGGAAGGUUAGAAGAAGCGUUUAUGUUUAAAGAUAAGAUGGUUGAGAACAAAGUGAACCCUAGUUUAGUCACAUAUGGGAUUCUUGUUAAUGGUUUGAUGAAGUCUGAGAAAUUUGAUGAGGCGAAUUCGGUUUUGGUAGAAAUGUAUAGCAAGGGGUUUUGUCCUAAUGAGUUUGUUUUUAAUGCACUUAUUGAUGGGUAUUGUAGGAAAGGGAAUAUGAAUGAGGCAUUGAGGAUUAGGGAUGACAUGAUGUUGAAGGGGUUGAAACCAAAUGCUGUUACUUUUAAUACUCUUUUACAGGGGUUUUGUAGGAGUGAUCAAAUGGAGCAAGCUGAGAAAGUGUUAUGGUACUUGUUAUCGAAUGGUUUGUCUGUUAACGAGGAUGCUUGUUCUUAUGUGAUUCACUUAUUAUGCAAUAGUUCCAAGUUUGAUUCGGCCUUGAAAAUUGUAAAGGAGUUGUUGUUGAGGAAUAUUAAGGUUAAUGAUAGCUUGCUAACUUUGUUGGUUUGUGGACUUUGUAAAUGUGGAAAACAUUUGGAGGCAAUUGAGCUUUGGUUUAGACUAGCUGAUAAAGGGGCUGCAGUGAAUACAGCGACCUCAAAUGGGCUUCUCCAUGGGCUUUGUGUAAGGGGGAACAUGGAAGAAGUCUUUGCAGUACUCAAAGAAAUGAUGGGGAAAGGUUUGGUACUGGAUGGAAUUUCAUACAACACACUUAUAUUUGGCUGUUGUAAAUCAGGUAAAAUUGAGAAAGCUUUCAAGCUGAAGGAAGAGAUGGUGAAGCAAGGAUUUAAACCAGAUAAUUAUACCUACAAUUUCCUAAUGAAAGGGUUAGCUGAUAAGGGUAAAAUAGAUGAUGUUGAUAGGGUUUUACAUGAAGCUGUAGAACAUGGUGUGGUUCCAAAUAUCUAUACAUAUGCACUAAUUUUGGAAGGAUAUUGUAAUGCUGAUAGGAUUGAUAAUGCUGUGAGCUUUUUCAACAAGUUAGUUUAUAAGGAAGUAGAACUUAGUUCUGUUGUUUAUAACAUACUUAUUGCAGCUCAUAGUAAAGCUGGGAAUUUCAUGGAAGCCUUCAAACUCCGCGAUACUAUGAAAAGUAGAGACAUUCUUCCUACGAUUGCUACAUAUUCUUCUAUAAUACAUGGAAUGUGCCAUAGUGGCCGUGUUGAGGAAGCAAAGGGAUUUUUUGAAGAGAUGAGAAAUGAAGGAUUGAUGCCAAAUGUCUUUUGUUAUACUGCUCUAAUUGGUGGUUACUGUAAGUUAGGUCAGAUGGAUGAAGUGCAGAACAUCUUACUAGAAAUGACUUCAAAAUCUAUACAUCCUAAUAAAAUUACCUACACUAUUAUGAUUGGUGGUUAUUGUAAAUUAGGAAAUACGACAGAAGCGACUAAGCUUUUAAAUGAGAUGAUAACAAAUGGAAUAUCACCGGAUACUGUUACUUAUAAUGUAUUGCAAAAAGGAUAUUGCAAGGAAAAGGAGCUCGAAGAAACUCUUCAAUGCGAUCCUAUGCCUAAUACAGAAAUAACGUAUACAACAUUGGUUGACAAGUUGCAUCCACAUACAGAUGCAGCAAUUAGUAAUCAAGAAUAA